AUGGAAGCCGUGGGUACGGGUGUUGCACAAACUCUGGUACAAAUUCACAGUGCUGCAGAAUCAUUGUUGGGCAAGCGAAAACGAUCCGAAGCAGAUCCUGAACAAAUUAUGUUUGGUAUCGUGACAACAGGUCGUUCUUGGCGUUUCAUCCGAUGA